AUGUUUCGAUCCUUGUGGUACAGAGUGGGAGCAAAUCUCAAAAGAACAACAACAACAAUCAUCAAUGGGCAACCAAUUUCGUCAUCAUCAGCACCAACUCGGUAUUUCCACUUCAAAUUACAGAAUCCAAAUGUUGUUAUUAGAACUAGGGUUAGUUCAGUGUUCUUAUGUUCCUUCUCUACUAUUAGUAAUAAUGUCAGUUCAUCAUCUUCUGCUUAUGAUUCUUCAUUUGUAGUUAAUUAUUUGAUAAAUUCAUGUGGAUUGUCUGAAAAUGAAGCUCUUAAUGUUUCCAAGAAAAUCAAAUUCAAGACAACAUCCCAACCAGAUUCAAUUUUAACACUAUUUGAAGACUAUGGAUUCACUAAACCCCACAUUUCAAAACUCAUCAUUAAGCAUCCAAUAGUUCUCUUAUCUGAUCCUUAUUGUACCUUAAAACCCAAGUUGGAUUUUUUCAAUUCUAGAGGGAUACAUGGAAUUGAGCUAGCAGACAUCAUCUCAAGGAGCCCAAACAUUCUGAGACACAGCUUAAGAGACGCUGUAAUCCCUUCAUUUGACAUCUUUCAGAGGAUUCUACAAACCAACACAGAUGUCAUUAAAAUCCUUAAAACCUCGAAUUUUUGGGUUUUUUGCAUGAAGCGACUUAAGCAUUUGACAGUCAAUGUAGAGCUUUUGAGAUAUGAAGGUGUCCCUCAAUCUAAUAUUUCCAAGUUUCUAAUCAGGCAACCUAGUGGAUUUAUGGGAGAUGCUGAUAAGUUUAAAAAGAUUGUGGAAAAGGUUAAAGGAAUGGGUUUCGAUCCUUUAAGUAGAACUUUUCUUGACGCUUUAGAAGGAUUGGUAUCAAUGAGCGAAGCAACUUGGGAAUCAAAAAUCGAUGUUUACAAGAGCUGGGGUUGGUCUGAAGAACAAUUUCAAACAGCAUUUAGGAAAAGUCCUCGAUGUAUGAUGGCUUCUGAGAAGAAGAUUACAGCAAUUAUGGAUUUCCUUGUGAACGGAAUGGGCUAUGAUUCUUCAAGUAUUGCGAAAAUUCCAUGGAUUUUCAAUUAUAGCUUGAAGGAGAGGAUUAUUCCUAGGUGCUCUGUUAUUAGAAUAUUAGUCUCGAAGGGUCUGAUAGAGGAAAUUAGUUCUCUCAGUCCAAUUUUAGCAAUGGUGGAUAAGUCCUUUUUGGAUAAGUUUGUGAAACCAUAUGAGCAAGAAGCUCCUGAACUUAUGAAAGUAUAUACCAAGAUCAGUUGAACAACUGAGAGCUACUUCUGAAAUAAAGGAUUUGAAGAGAUGAGUAUGUGUUACUGGUAUCCGUUCUUUCCCCCUUUUGGUUAGUUGCUGCCUCUUUUUACAGUUUCGAUCUACGCUUGUUUUGUUAUUUUGGGAUUGAUAAUUGUGUCACCUCUCAUGCAAGGAUAACAUGAAGAAUAUCUGUCAUGGAGUAUUUAUGCAGGCUUUAAUGUCAGUUUGUCACAAAGGUUAGCUAGAAAUCGUUAAAUCGGAAUAUUAGAUAGGAAUUGUAUUUGCUUCUGGAAAUUAUUUAGACAACUAUGUUGUCUAAAUAAUUUCCAUAUUGUGGGCUAAAAAUACCCCGAGAGAGUUAUUAUUAUUUAUGAAGUUCAAUUUAUGGGUGAAGCAUAAGUUUCUUAUAAAUUCAUUUGGUGUCUCAUGCUUUAGAAUAUGGUGAGAAAGGCCCAUAUGGUUGCUGAUUGUUUCGCUUCGUGUGUGUAUUUUAGUUUCUGGGUAUAUGCAAAAUUUGGCAAUUCCUUCUUUCUCUUACAUAAAACUGUUGUAUUGGUUUUCAUGGAAAUAUUUUUUUGGCUUAGCAUUACUGUACUGUUAGAAUAUUAUAGCUACAAAAAGGAAGUGAAAGUAUUUGUGAUUGGUGGAAAGUAUAGUAUGAUUAGGCCAUGGCUCUUUAUUGUUCAGUUAAUCUGAUUAUGUAUGCAAGUUGUGUUCAAGAUCUAGAUGGCGUCAUCACAUACUCACAACCUUCCACUGUAUUUAAUGAAUGUGCAUACAUAUACAUGGUUUAUCCCUUAGAUUUUGGAUUACCACAAUUUUGUAUGUAGUUUCUGCAGUGAAUUCAGGAUCCAGUAACUGUCUUCCCAUCUUGCUUUAGAAAGACCCCACGUUUUCCUUGAUUUAAUCACCUUCUUGCUUGUUUUGCUUAUUUGUCAUAUGACAAAAAUAGUUCACUUGGCUUUGCUCUAUUAUCAUCAUCAGGUACAGGUUCUGCAGGGAAGUUGUGGCAUUCCCUGGUAUCCUCAAUGUGUAUCUUAAUCCCCAUCUGCACUUUGGUCCUUCAAUUUUAUUCUUAUUGCAUGUGUGCAUUCCAGGUUAUUAGCCAACAAAUGUCUGAGUGAGUGGAUUUUCAUGUAAGGAAUGCAGCCAAAGUUCAAAUUUGUUUCUCCGAAAAGUCUGACUGCAAAGGAUUAACUGUGUACUAUUGAGUCUUCAUGCUACAUUGCAAAAUCUCUUGUAUUUGUUAGCCUCAGAUAGUACCAUCUUCAUUGGGUUAAGUUCAUUG